AUGGGAGGUUCAACUGAGGCUAGGGUACCUUCAUUGUGGGGUUGGCAUUCUUUUCACAGACGGCAGGUGGGAGGCCGCUUGCUGAAAUUCCUGGACUGCUCGGGCAACGACCGCGCCGCACACCUGGUCAAGGAGUGGUUCGCUCGAACGCAGUGGGUGUUCGUGGUCUACAGCUUGACAGACGCCAAGUCGUACGAGAAGGCCUUGACCCUGAUGGAGGACGCACGGCAGGCUGGCGCUGGCGUGGUGCUCUUCGCGAACAAGUACGAGGUGAACCAGGGCAAGCCGGUGGUGGUGAACCUGCAGGAGGCCCACCACAAGGCAACACAGGUGCAGGCCUACUCUGUGGAGGGUACGUCGCUGUCCGACGCGGUGAAGUCUGUGGCAACCCAGGAUGAGCAAGAAGGAGCAGAAGGCACCAGCAGCUAG